AUGGCGUUUGCAAUGCAUGCGCGCCUGCUGCAGCGAGGCUCACGUUUCCUAACAUGCGGUAGCUCCGAUAAGCUGGUUAAAGCCUGCCGGCAACUUCGCGGCGGCCUUGUGGUGGCGGAGUGGCAGCGCUGGGACCGCGCCGCCAGCAGCAGAGCCAACGGGCGGCGUGGCGGCGGCGGCGGCAGGCGCGAGGACGUCGGCAGCGAGGGCCGCGCCCCACAGCGCCAGCAGACCAGCAUCUGGGGCGACGAGUGGGACGUCGGCAGCGGCCAGCCUGGCGGCCAGGGCAGCAGCGGCUGGCUGGAUGCUGACAGCGGCGGCGAUGCCGCGCCCAGCCGGCGCGGCGGCAGCAGCAGCGGCGAGUGGCGGGAGCGCCGGGAUGGUGGUGGCAGGGGCGAGAAGCGAGAGGGACAGGACCGUAGCGAGAGCGGCAGGGGCGAGUGGCGGGAGCGCCGUGACGGCGGCGGCGGCAGAGGCGGCGGCAGGGGCGAGUGGCGGGAGCGGGACGGCGGCGGCGGCGGCGGCAGAGGCGAGUGGCGGGGGCACAGAGAGAGCGGCGUGGGCGUGCGCGGCAGGGGCGGCAGGGAUGGCGGGUCCGCCUGGGGUGACAGGGAGGGCCGCUGGGGCGGCGGCGAGCGGGAGCAGGAGCGAGCGGAACGCUCCGGCGGCGCCCCAGGCGAGCGGUGGCAGGAGUCGCGCCAGCAGCGCGGCGGCGGCGGCGGCGGCCGCGACUGGCGCGGCGACCGGCCCCGCCGCGGCGACAGCUGGCGCGGCGGCGAGGGGCGCAGGGAGGGCAAGGGAGGAGGAGAGGAGGAGGAGGAGGAGGAGGGGGGCCCCGGCGGCCUGCGCCAGUUCUGGGUGGGCGACGUGCUCUACGGCGUGUCCCCGGUACUGGCGGCGCUGCAGGCGGGACGACGAGCGGUACACACGCUGUACCUGCAAGAAGGCAUGGAUCUCGCAAAGCGCAAGGACAAGGGCGCCAUCCAGGCGGCCAAGCAGCGCGCCGAGGAGCUGGGUGCGCGCGUGCUGUACGCCUCUAAGCACGACCUAAACAUGGUGGCAGACAACCGCCCGCACCAGGGCGUGGUGCUGGACUGCUCGCCGCUCGAGUUUGAGCCGAUGAGCGAGCUGCCGGCGGCGCCCGCCGCGCCGCCGCCGGGCGGCCGCCUGCCGGUCUGGCUGUGCCUGGAUGAGGUGAUGGACCCGCAAAACUUUGGCGCCGCGCUGCGCUCGGCUCACUUCCUGGGUGUGGCCGGUGUGCUGACGUGCCACCGCAACUCGGCGCCGCUGUCUGCCGCGGUGUCCAAGGCCAGUGCCGGCGCCAUGGAGCUGCUGCCGGUGCACUCGUGCAAGUGA